CCAAAUAGCUGCCGAGAGUUGUCAAAAUUUGCGGCACACGCGGCACAGGAUGUGAUUUUUUAUGCUACAUAUAUGUAAUAAAAGGUUUUGGUAAAGGACUUUCCUAAACAAGUUUAUGCAUAAUGAAGUGUAGGCUUAGUAGGUCGUCGAGGAGGAAGUCGUUCGCCGACCCGGAAGUGGCGCAAGCGCCAUCGGAGGAGGGAGUUGGACGAUCAAUAAACGGCGCACUACCCCCGGUGAUGGCCUCAGGAGGGCAGGAGAUCAGUAGCGUACGGGCGCACGAACGGUGCACGGCGAGGGUGCGUGCGUGCGUGCGUGCGUGGGGUGUGUGCGCAUAAAAGGUUAGUUGCGAGCGAGCGAGGGCGAGUGAGAGUAAAAUUGACCUCUCCUCUCGAUCUCUCGGCGCUGCGGGAAAAACUCGCCUCAGCAUGCAACCACCGCCAAGAAAAGGAAAUUUCGCGAAGUUUCUAAAGAAUGUACAUACGGAGCAAGUGGCAAAAUUGCAAGCGAAAAACCAACACGAAUGCGAUCUUUUAGAAGAUAUACGUAAUUUUACGAUAAAAAAAUCUGCCAUUGAAAAAUCUUACUCUGAGGCGUUAUUGAAAAUAUCAUCCGCAUACUUGAACAAGAAGAUUCCAAACAUACCAGAUCUCAAAGUCGAUGGAGCAGAAGAGAAAUGGAACAUGUGGAACGUGUGGCGAACUGUGCUGGAGGAAAACGAAAAGCUGGCGCGCGCGCGUCUUGCAGCCGUCGAAGUCUUCCAGCAGCAGAUCGCCGACGACGCCAAGGUUCUUAAGAUGCACAAGCUACAGAUUUCCAAGAAGGCAAUUGACCAAUUAUUGAUAGUACAAAAGGAGCUACAAACCUGCGUACAGGAUGUCGACAAAACGAAGAAGUUGUACUUCGACGAAGAACAUAGCGCACACGAUGUGCGCGAUAAAGCAAAGGACAUUGAAGAAAAAUUGAAGAAGAAAAAAGGCUCCUUCUUCCAGUCGAUAACGUCGUUACAGAAAAAUAGCGCCAAGGUGAGCUCGAAGCGGGACGCUUUGGAGGAGAAAUCAACCGGAGCACGCAAUGAUUACUUAUUGAGUCUCGCCGCUGCCAAUGCCCAUCAAAACCGAUAUUUUGUAGUCGAUUUACAGUCCACUAUGCAAUAUUUGGAACAAGGAGUUUACGAUAAGGUAGCGGAAUAUUUGACGCUGAUGGGACGCACGGAACUACUCACUUGUCUAGCUACGCAAAACAGCUUCGGCAAAAUUCGCGAUCAAGCUCAGCAGCUUACUAGAGAAUACAAUAUCCAAUGUUGCUGUUUAUACUAUCCUGUCUUGAAGCAACACAUUCAGUACGACUUUGAGCGCUGCGAUAAUGAUCAAGUAGAAAGGGUAACCGCUGAUCAUGCGGCAGCAACAACGUUGGGCAAAGAGGCGCGUCGCUGGUCGACGAGAAUUGCCCGUGAAGUCAGCAGUAUCCGCGAAAACAAUCGAAAGCUGCAGGCGCUAUAUCAACUCAAAGAAGCUGGUCAAAAGACUGAUCCGAACGAUCCCAAUGGUCCAGAUUUAGAUACUAAGAUGGACGAAUUAAAGCACGCUAUUCGACGAGCCGAGACUGCAAAACUCAAGGCGGAAGCAAGGAUAGAAUGUCUUCGAAACGGCGGAGUAAAUGUGGACGAAUUCCUGCAAGAGGCCGAAACACUCAGCGUUCAGGAUAUGCCACGUUCAGCUAGUUCCCUCUCUGUCAGGACUGACGCAUCCGGUGCAGCGGAACAUCCAUCGUCGGACUCGUUUUACGAUAGCGACGGUGACGGCGGAAGCGAUUUAACUACUGUCGAGCGGCCCGGAAAGACAUCGCAGCAGGAAGAAGAAAUUGAAGAAAGGCAGAGACAUGAUAGUGCGGAGGUUGAUGCAUUGCUGGAGCAGGAAAAGCAACGAAUAGAAGAGUUGACUGCAGGCUGGGACGAUCCUACAGCUGUCAACUGGAACGAGUUAAAAGACGAUCAAGAUAUGACACAUGAAAUGCCGGAGAUGCCUUCUAAUCAACCCAUUUACAAGUGCACCGCUCUUUACACUUACACUGCGCAAAAUCCUGACGAGCUGUCCAUCGUGGAAAGCGAGCAAUUGGAUGUGGUUGGCGAAGGCGAUGGAGAUGGAUGGUUAAGAGCGAGGAAUUAUCGCGGAGAAGAGGGUUUUGUGCCCCAAAAUUAUCUCGAUGUGGAGAGAGAGCCGGAAGUCGCUUCUGGCGGCCUGUCUUCACAAGGCCCAGGUCUGGUUCAGCAAAUUUCCUUUUCAUCUGUCGACUACACUAUUGAUGAUCACGAUGCCGUUGAUCCCGACGCUAAUUUGCAAAUCGAUUCGGAAGCCAUUAUACAAAAUCAUAUCGGAGAAGCGGAGCAAUAUUGCAUUGCGCUGUACGAUUAUGACGCUACGUGCGACGAGGAACUGAGUUUUCUGGAAGGCGACAUCGUCAAGGUGCUUAGGAAAGAACCGCAUGACGUAGACGAUGGUUGGUGGGAAGGCGAGCUGAGGGGACAGCAAGGUCUAUUUCCCUCUCUCGUUGUGGAACCUUGCGGUCCAGACGGAGCUCCUUUAACACCACAGGACGAUUUAACACCACCGAGUUCCGCGCCACCGGUCUUUACUCCACCAGAGAUACCAGAAUUUUUGCUGGCCGAUGAGCUUGCACAAUUGGAAGAAUCGCAAGAAGAGAAGCCAGUGAUGACCGACGAUGGAGGUUUUGCUAUAAAUCUGUCGAAGGACCAAAAGGACCACUAUGGCUCGCAGUUCGAUUGUGACCAACCGGAAGCGCCAGAUAUAUUAGUCGUGGAGAUAUCAGAUGAAUCGAGCGAUAAGGCGAUAAAGUCUGAAGACGCUAAACCGGCGGAAGACUCUGAACUCACUGAUGAAGCGGACGAUGUCGGUCUCGGCGUUGCCCAAAUCGUUAUCACAGCCGCGACUCCGAUGGAGGAGGUUGAGCACCCGUUUCCGGGGGAGGAAACAGAAGAACCGGCGAAAUCCACGGAAAUCUCCGAUGCUGAUCCUGAACUUUCAAGCAUGACUUCGGAUCCGAACGAGAGCGAGUGUAAAGAAGAAGAGGCAACUGUCAUUCUAGAUGAAAAAGAGGGAGAAGAGACUGAGGAAAAAUCUUUAAUCGACGAACUUCCGGCUGAUUCGGCGCCGUUCCCGAUUAGCAGUAGUUCCGGAAGUGAAGCGGAAUCGACCGCUUCUGGCCCCAGCAACGAAACUUCUCAAUCUAGAGGAACGGUCGUGGAAGUGACGCAAGAGAUCGCAGACGUCAUGGAGGAAGAGGAAGAAAUAGCGCCAGGGAGUAAAAUGUUAGUAGGCGGCAGGGCCAGCAUUCCGGACGAGCUACAGCCGGAUCAGCUGGAGAAAUUGCAGUCGUUGAAGGAAUCGAAUGCCUAGGGCUGACUGGGCCCUGAGGCCCACAAGGACAGGAUUACCUUGCCUGAUGGCCAUCCCGAUAACUUCCGACAUCUGCUAGACUUCUGGCGAUCGCCUCAAGUGCUGAGCAAGAAGGAUUAAUAAGACUCUUCUAAUACUGAUAGGUUCUUAUGGUGAUCGAAUGGUGAAGAUGUUUGGGAUUGUAACUGAACUAUUUUUAGGAUAAUACUGGCCUGCAAAACUAGACAUUUUCUUUGUUGUUUUGAGAAAAUAGAGUAAUUUUUGUGCGCUGAAUUCAAAUUUGGAUCUCAAUAAAUGCAUGUUACAUCAGAAUUUUUAGAAAAUCAAAGGAAAAUGAUAUAAAAAGAAUUACGAUUUUAUAUGAUUCUUUUUAAUUAAGAAGCUUGCUACGAUGAUAUUCAGUCGUGAUAAAGAUUUUUUAGGCAAUUCCGAAAGUAGACCUCCAGGAGUUUAUCUACGCUAUUAGUUGAUCGCAAUGCUCAAUGCUAUAUCGAUGCUGAAGAGAUAAUUUGAAUAAAAUGAAAUAAUUUCUAUGCAUCAAUCAGUGUUUGAUUUCAUGCAAUGUGAAUGUCGUUAUGUUUCGCACUGUCUAAAUAUAUCGGGUUAAAAAAAAUAAAAUCCAUUAAAAAAAAUUAGUAUUUUAAAAUAAAAAAAAAUAAAAAAAAAUGUAAAAAUUGCUAUUUUUGCAUAUUUUUCUUUUGUUCAUUCAAAACUCUGAUAAAGCAUAUUUUUUGAGGCUGAAUUCGGAUUUAGCACAUAAAAAACUGAAAAAUUACUCUUCUUUCUCAUGGACUCACGUAGAGCAGUGUAAUGGACGUUAAUAGAUCAAGUGCUGUUGAACAGUCUAGAUUCUAGCCAUAGAUAUAAAACUCAUGCGCCAGACAUUUAUUAGAUUCUGAAGAAUUAAAAUUUAAUUGAAUCAUAAACACGUUGAAAAUGUGUAGGUUACAUAUUGUAAUCACAACAAAUCAAUUAGUAAAAAAGGGAUUGAUUUAUAAAACUAUCUAGAUCGCUACAUUGAUCUAUUAACGUACCUGAAAGAAGAGAUAAUAAUUUGGCAACUUAAAAAAAAAAAAAA